AAAUUUCUGAUUUCUUCCUUAUUUGUGCUUGUGAAGAAAAGUAGAACAGGUAGCAGAAAAGGUGGAUUCACUGAAAGAAAGUCUUGACAAGCACCUGUUUCGUCAACAAAAACGCAUGCUGGAAGUCAAGGAGCGGGCAGAUUUGCUGGCAAGAGCUAAUGGGGACUCUGCGCAUGUUCUGAGAAUAUUUGAUGAGGAAGCACAGGCAAUGGAAUCUGCGCGAAACUCGUCAAUAAUGCUGGAAGAAGCUUAUGCCACCGGAGUUGCUGUACUGUCCAAGUAUUCUGAGCAGAGGGAUCGUUUGAAGAGAGCUCAAAAGAAAGCCCUAGACAUCCUGAACACCGUAGGGCUAUCCAAUACCGUGCUGAAGCUGAUAGAGAGACGGCACCGAGUCGACAAACGGAUUGCAUACACCGGCAUGGUAUUGACCAUCGUUGUGGUUCUUGCAUUCAUGUGGUGGAUUCACUGACCGAUAUUGUUCUUCAAAAUGUGUCCUGAGCCUCUGUAAUUCAUUCUCCACACUAAAUUGUCAACUGUAACUGCUUGCCUUAUGAACUGUGCAUUUUGAUUUCAGUUUAACUAUAUAAGUAAAUGACAACUAGUUUCCUCA